CGCUUUCCGACAUUUUACGACAAGCGAAGAAAAACAUUAUAUUUUACUCCUAAAAUGGGUUUAUUCGACAAACUAGCCAACUGGCUUGGSAUAAAGAAGAAAGAGAUAAAUGUUCUUUGCGUUGGACUUGACAAUAGUGGGAAAACAACGGUUAUAAAUAAGUUAAAACCGGAUAGGUCUCAAGCACAAGAUAUAGUUCCUACAAUAGGAUUCACGGURGAGAAAUUUUCAAGCCAAAAUUUAAAUUUUACCAUGUUUGAUAUGUCUGGGCAAGGCCGGUAUCGAAACCUUUGGGAACACUAUUAUAAGAAUGUUCAAGCAAUAAUCUUUGUUGUAGACAGUUGUGACAAACUAAGAAUUGUUGUUGCAAAAGAUGAACUAGAUUGUCUUCUGCAACACCAAGAUAUUAAAAACAAGAAAGUACCAAUUCUCUUCUUUGCUAAUAAAAUGGAUUUAAGAGACUCAUUAUCAUCUGUUAAGUGUUCCAAUCUACUUGGAUUAGAAAAUAUCAAAGACAAACCCUGGCACAUAUGUGCAAGCAAUGCGCUUACAGGAGAAGGAUUAAAUGAA